GGGACCCCAUGAUCACCUAUUGCUCGGGGGCCCCAUGAGUUGUCAGUCCGCCCCUGCUUCUUGCCUGCUCUCUUGCAAAUUAUGCCACCUGUCAGUGUCCAUCAGUGCCAGCUGUCAGUGCUGAACAGUGCCAGUGCCACAUCAAUGCCACAUAUCAGUGCCUACCAGUGCACAUCAAUGCCAUAUAUCAGUGCCCAUCUGAGCUGCCCUUCAGUGUCACCCAUCAGUGCCAGUCAGUGCCACCUAUCAAUGCCAAUCAGUGCCACAUAUCAGUGCUGCCAAUCAGUGCCACCUAUCAGUGCCAGUCAGUGCCGCCUAUCAGUGCAGUCAGUGCCACCUAUCAGUGCCAGUCAGUGCCGCCUAUCAGUGCUAGUCAGUGCCACCUAACAGUGCCAGUCAGUGCCGCCUAUCAGUGCCAUAUAUCAGUGCUGCCUUUCAGUGCCCAUCAGUGAUGCCUGUCAAUGCCCAUCAGUGCCACCUACCAGUGCCUCCUCAUCAGUGCCCAUCAGUGCCACCUAUCAAUGCCCAUCAGUGCAUCUUAUCAGUGCCCAUCACUACAGCCUCAUUAGCGCACAUCAGUGAAGGAGAAAAAUCACUUAUUUACAAAAUUCUAUAACAAAAACUAAGAAAAAACAUUUUUUUUCAAAAUGUUCAGUGGUUUUUGGUUUGUUUAAGAAAAAAUAA